AUGGCUUGGUGUAUGCCGGGGGUAUGCCAGGCUCUCGUGUCCACUCCACGGUUGCUCGCCCGAUGGGGGUGGCGGAGAGGGGGGGGGGGUUGUAACAUCCACUGGAUACAACAAGUGAGCACCACCAAGCACUGGGUACAACAAGUGAGCACCACCAAGCACUGGGUACAACAAGUGAGCACCACCAAGCACUGGGUACAACAAGUGAGCACCACCAAGCACUGGGUACAACAAGUGAGCACCACCAAGCACUGGGUACAAACAAGUGAGCACCACCAAGCACUGGGUACAACAAGUGAGCACCACAGCACUGGGUACAACAAAGCACCACAGCAAUUGGUACAACAAGUGAGCACCACCAAGCACUGGGUACAACAAGUGAGCACCACCAAGCACUGGGUACAACAAGUGAGCACCACCAAGCACUGGGUACAACAAGUGAGCACCACCAAGCACUGGGUACAACAAGUGAGCACCACCAAGCACUGGGUACAACAAGUGAGCACCACCAAGCACUGGGUACAACACCUCCUGUGUGGCACAGCCUCCCCCAAUGCGACACAACCCCAGUGUGACACAGCCCCCGUGCCACAGCCUCCACGUGACACAGCUUCCACCCGUGUUACAGAGCCUUCCCUGACAGAGCCCCUGUGUGACACAGCCUUCCCUGUGACACAGCCUGCCAGUGUGACAGAGCCUCCUCCCUGGACACAGCCUCCCCCAGCCUCCUCAGUGACACAGCCUCCCCAGUGUGACAGAGCCCCCAGUGUGACAGAGCCUCCCAGUGUUACAGAGCCUCCCCAGUGUGACAGAGCCUCCCAGGUUACAGAGCCUCCCAGUAGCCCUUCAUGUGACAGAGCCCUUCUACGUGUGACAGAGCCUCCCCACUGUGACAGAGCCUCCCGUGUGACAGAGCUCCCUGUGACAGAGCCUCCCUGUGACAGAGCCUCUACGUGUGACACAGCCUUCCACAGCCUCCCCGUGUGUCAGAGCCCACCCCGUGUGACAGAGCCUCCCGUGUCAGAGCCUCCCCUGUGUGACAGAGCCUCCCUGUGUCAGAGCCCACCCCGUGUGACAGAGCCUCCCCCUGUGACAGAGCCCCUGCAGAAGAGCCUCCCCCGUGUGACAGAGCCUACCCCUGUGUGA